AUGACGAGAAGCGUCCAUUAUGUCUCCAGUCAGGAUGCUGGCUUUGAGAAUCUCCCGAUCUUUCCAACGGGCUACUUGGCCUUCAGGCUCCUCCAGGUUGCCCUCGCCGUAUCACUCCUCGUCAUCUGCGCGUGGGCCAUGAUCUUUAUGGUCACUUGGUCUCACAUUUACAUGCUCGUCUAUCAGUACGCCUCACCGAAGGAGCUCCACGUCGACUAA